AUCUUAUCGCGUUUCAGAGAUGAUGAUCGCACCUCUCUCUCACUCUCUGGAACUUUUCACAAGCUCUUCCAGAUCUAUUUUACCACUAGCGACAUAAGUCCUGGUAUCAAUGGGGCAUUUUGCGAGGUUGAUGGAUCACCGAUCAAUACUUCACGUAGACGCAAAGUCACAUUAGUCUGCCUAACAAGUAUACCUAGUUGCACGCCUUGGAACGUGCCACUGGAACUACUCAACAAAGAUGUGCAUUGAGCUCCGACACUUGAAAUGAUUCAAGGCUGAUAGCUCAGACGGAUUUCCGCCGUUGCCGUUCAAGUACGAUGGUAUACGAUGAAAUCGCUUCCGACUUCAACCGUACACGUCAUUCUCCAUGGCCUGCCGUCCUAUCGUUUUUGCGCAGCCAACCCCCGGGUGCUCUUGGUGCCGAUAUUGGCUGCGGCAAUGGAAAGUACCUCAUUGCAGCGUCACGUUAUUCCCGUCCCAACAGCGACGACCCACCCAUCCCUCCGCUUGCUCCCAUUUUAGCAAUGGAUCGGAGCAUGCGGUUGGCCGACAUAGUACGUAAGAAGGGCUUCGAUGUGAUUGUCGCCGAUAUACUCCGACUUCCCUACCACGAGGAACGCCUGGACUUUUUCCUAUGCAUCGCGGUGUUGCACCACCUGUGCACUUCAGACCGUCGACUUCAGGCAGUGCAUGAAUUGGCCCGUAUUCUUCACUCUGGCGGUCGGGGUUUAAUUCAAGUAUGGGCUAAGGAACAACGAGACCCCAAUAGCGGUAGACUGGCUAACUACGUACAAUCUCGCCAGCGUCCCCAGAACGGCACACACUCAUUUAGAAAUCCGAUUGAGACAACGGAGGCCCCCACUAUGUUGGAACCCGUCCAGAAUGCUCGUCUUCCCGUGCACGUGCCUGGAACUGAGUUCUCCGCUACCGACAUGCUAGUGUCGUGGAAGAAAAAGUUGCGUAAGCCGGCUGAUGAUAAUACCGUAUUAGACGGUACAACUCCACUUCUUCGUUACUACCACCUAUUCACAAAAGGCGAAUUGGAGGCGUUGGUGGAGCAGGUCCCGUGUCUACGUGUCGAAAAUGCGUUCUACGAGCAAGGAAAUUGGGCCGUUGUUGUGGAAAAGGUGUAUUGUGUCAAUGAGAGCUGA